AUGCCCAACGCAACCUACAUCCCUCCACAGGAGCAAGACCCGGCCGACCUCGCCUGGAUGCGUGAGGCUCUCAUCAUGGCUGAGGAAGCUCUAGCAGCCGACGAAGUCCCCGUAGGCUGUAUCUUCGUCAAAGACGAUCAAGCUAUCGCUCGGGCCCGAAACCGGACAAACGAAUGGCGAAACGCGACCCUGCACGCCGAGCUCGAGGCGAUAGACCAUCUCUUGCCGAAUCACCCACCUCCACUCAGCAGUAUCACACUCUAUGUGACGGUAGAGCCAUGUGUGAUGUGCGCGAGCGCGUUGCGGCAGAUUGGGAUAGGACGGGUGGUGUAUGGAUGCGGGAAUGACAGGUUUGGGGGUUGUGGGAGUGUGAUAGAUGUAAACUCCUCUGACCUCGUCAACACCCACGAGCCAUUCGUAGCUGAAGGGGGAUACUACCGUGAAGAAGCCAUCAUGCUGCUCCGGCGCUUUUACAUGUCUGAAAAUCAGAAUGCGCCAAAUCCCAAGAAGAAGGCUUCUCGCGUUCUCAAGACAGACAUUCCUCCACCUCCAUCUGGCAUCAACACCCCUUCUUCCCGGCCCGCCUCCGUCCCACCAAAUCGCAAUAAUCGGUCCCUGAAACCGCCUGAUGAGGGCGGGGAGGCAAGCGCUGCUGCAGGGAGAUUGGCAGGGCUGGCGCUGGGCGAGAGCACUAUCGUGCAGGGCUCAGGAGCAGUUGGCGGGGAUGCAUGA